GUGAGAGAGAGAGAGUGCGUGUGAGUGCGUCCUCGUGCUCGAAUUAGGAAUAGCAUGGAAUUAGGAAUAGCAUGGCUUUAUUCUUAGGAAAUCGAGGACCACAAGAGGGGGAUCCGGACAGAGCCCAAACCAGAGAGGCAUAUAUAUAAGGAGAAACCUCCAGCAAGCUUAUUUGGGAGGAGAGAGAGAAAGAGAGAGGCAAUGGCGGUUGGGAACAGUAGUAGCAGUAGCAGUAGCUGUAGUCAUGGGUUGAGGACGUCAUCAAAUGGGGUAUGGCAGGGGGACAAUCCAUUAGACUUUGCUCUUCCUCUCCUCAUCGUCCAGACCACCCUCGUCCUUCUCGUCUCCCGCUCCCUCGCCUUCCUCAUCAAGCCGCUCCGCCAGCCCAGCGUUGUAGCCGAAAUCGCCGGCGGCAUCCUCCUCGGCCCCUCGGCACUCGGUCGAAACAAGGUGUACCUCAACCGUGUCUUCCCCAUCUGGAGCACCCCCACCUUGGAGACUGUCGCAGGCAUCGGCCUCAUAUUCUUCCUCUUCCUUGUGGGUCUCGAGCUUGAUCUGUCCUCCGUCCACAAAGGUGGCUGCCGAGUCUUUACUAUUGCUGCUGCCGGUAUUUCUCUCCCCUUCGCCUGUGGCGCCCUCAUCGCCCUUCCGUUCCGCACAGUUCUUAAUCCACACACUUCUGCUGGUUAUACUGCGUUCUUGGUAUUCAUGGGUGUGUCUCUAUCUGUCACUGCAUUUCCUGUCCUUGCUCGAAUCCUGGCAGAGCUGAAGCUCCUCACCACCAACCUGGGUGAGACCGCAAUGGCCGCUGCCGCCCUCAAUGACCUUGCUGCCUGGGUCCUCCUUGCCCUCGCCACCGCCCUCUCUAGCCGUAAUAACACAGACCUCUCCCACCACUCCUCUAACCUACUGUCCUCACUGUGGGUGCUCCUUGGUGGGGCAGCAUUUGUAGCUGCGAUGCUUCUGAUCGUGCGCCCACUCAUGUCCCGUGCCUCGAGCCAAACCCCCGAAGGUGCCCCAGUCAGUGAGCUCCAUGUCUGUGCCGUGCUAGUGGGUGUGAUGACCGCGGGGCUCGCAACCGACCUCCUCGGGAUCCAUGCCAUAUUCGGGGCAUUUGUGUUUGGGAUUUGUAUCCCUAGGGAGGGGGCUUUGGCAAGGAUGCUGGUGGAGAGGGUGGAAGACUUCGUGGCGGGGCUCUUGUUGCCGCUCUACUUCGCGUCAAGCGGCCUUAAGACGAAUGUCGGGAGCAUAAGCGGGGCGCGGUCAUGGGGGAUGUUAGGGCUGGUGAUUGUUACAGGGUGUGCCGGGAAGGUGGCCGGGACGUUUGUAGCGGCGGUCAUACACAGGGUACCGGCGCAGGAAGCACUCACGUUGGGGUUUCUUAUGAACACCAAGGGUCUGGUGGAGCUCAUUGUCUUGAACAUUGGCAGGGAGAGAAAGGUGCUGAACGAAGAGACUUUCGCCAUCUUAGUGCUGAUGGCCCUCUUCUCCACCUUCAUCACCACGCCUAUCGUCAUGGCCCUCUACAACCCCUCCUCCCACCCCCAUCGUCACCACCUCCACCUCUCUGUCCCCACCCCCCGCAACCUCCAUUUCCUCGCUUGCCUUCACCACCGCGGCUCAACUUUGGGUAUCCUCACUCUCUUUGAGUCCAUUCGUGGCCCUCCCAAAACACCCCUCAAACUCUAUCUCAUGCACCUCACCCCCCUCUCUGAACGCCCAUCUUCAAUGCUCUUCAUUCGUCGCGCACGUCGCAAUGGCCUCCCCUCUGUCAAAUGCUCUGAUUUUUCCACUCCCUCAUUUCCCCCUCAUCCUUACCUCGCCAAGGUUAGUGUGCGUCCCAUGACUGCAAUAUCCUCACUCAUUUCUAUGCACCAAGACAUAUGCAAUGUCGCAGCUAAAAAGCAUGCGUCCCUCAUCCUCCUUGAUUACACCCUUGAGCACUCUGACACAGACAUCCGUGCCGUCAACCAGCGUGUCCUCCAAGAGGCCCCCUGUCCUAUUGCAAUGCUUGUGAACCGAGGUCUCGGAGGUGCCACUGACAACCAGGUGUUCCCCAAUAGCCUAGUUCUCCGUGUCUGUGUUAUCUUCCUUGGUGGUCCUGAUUGUCGCAAGGCACUGGAGCUUGCCAUUCGCAUGGCUGAGCACCCUCGUGUGAAGGUCGCCGUGGUGAGCUUCAUACUGCCAAAAAGUGGUGGUGAGAUCUCGAACCCAAAUGUAGCAAACACAAUGGAAAAGGAGCUUAUGGAGGAGAUUGCAGAGAGGGGAGAUUCGAUAACCUAUGAUGAAAGAGUGAUGGAGAGGGCCAAUGAUGUAAUGGAGGCAGUGGUGAGUUUCGGGAGGAGCAGUGGCUAUGACAUGGUGGUGGUGGGGAGAGGGAGAUUUCCAGGAGGAAUGCUGCCGGAAUGGGAGGAGCAGGCAACAGAGAAUGGGGAGUUGGGGCAACUAGGUGAAGCACUGGUAGCAAAUAGUGUGGAGAUCAUGUCAUCGUCGGUGCUGGUCGUGCAACAGCAGAUAGGUAGGCUUCAGCAUAUGGGGGCAGAGCAGCCAAAGAAGGUGGUGGAGAAUGAUGCUAGGCUCUCUCCUUAGCACCCAGUCUCAUGCAUCAUCUGUUAGUGUAAAAUGGCUCUCUCUCUCUCUCUUCUUAGUGCAUAAUAUCUCGCUCUCUCAUGUUAUCUAUACUGUUAAGGGAUUAUAUAUGUAAAAUUAUUUUUACUUUUAGUACAAGAAGAUUACAAUUA